CCGGCUUGGCCCCCUACAAGGGACGCUUUGUUACUGAGCUACAGUGGCAGCAUGCACAGCGCUAAUGUAGAAGCUUUUCGUAAAAGAAGCCAAAGAUGAGGGAAUAUAGAGGAGGAUUCUACUUCCGUCUUUGAGUACCACCACUACAUGUGGAAGGACGACCCUCGGAAAUUAGCGAUGGCCUCAGGGCGGAAAUGGAUAAUUUGCAUGAUACUCUGCGCUCUGCAAUCAGUGGCAUUGUUUGGUGGGGUGAUUGCGGAAGGGCCGCAGAUCAGCAACCUCAACCUGCUUUUGCCACCCCGAGCCACGAACCCUGUGCGGUAUAGACUGGCGGGGUCAAACGGCUGCUUUGAUUGGUCUGUGGAUCACAACGACCUGCUCGACAUCGAGCCAGAGUACAACAGCAGCAUUCCUGGCUGCUCCACAAGUGUGACCAUCACGUCCAAGGCGCCCUACAGUGGCCGCAGAACAACUGCUGUCCACGCCAGGGACCAGAAGACAGGGCGGGUGCUGCGGUGCGAGGUCGUCAUUGACAAGAUCAGCAGGAUCGCAAUCUUCCACACGGUGCUGAAGAUCGACCUCGAGGGGCUCGCCACGCUGCAGAUACGUGCGUUUGAUGCAGAAGACAACGUGUUCUCGUCGCUGAUUGGGCUGCAAUUCGCCUGGACGUCCACCCCCCUGCGAGCGGACGGCACGGUGCACAGGCUGAGGCAUGUGCCGCUCAAGGAGACGGCACUGAGCGGCUGUGGCUGUGACUGCGGGGACGUGUGGGUGCGGAUAGAGAUCGAGGAAGGGGAGCUCUGGUCUGACCUCUUUGUGGUCAGGGGCGUAGAGGCUGGUAAAGAGCAGGUUAGCGCGCAGUUAGUGGAACCCAGUUUCCCGGCCCUGGAGCACAGCGUGGCGCUGACAGUUGCGGAGGCGUUCUCCCUUCUGCCCCCGAGCCCCGUGUUCAUCAUCCCCGGCACGCGGCUCGACUACAAAAUUGUUACUUACCGGCCAGACAAACCAGAAGGCACUACCGUCACGCUGCCCUCCCCCUACUACAAAUGGUCCAUAGACAACGCCACAGUCGCCUCAAUCGAUUCCAACACUGGCCGCGUUCUUGCGCACACACUCGGACACGCGCACGUCACUGUAACGGACGUCCGAGUCGAGGACCACUCCCAAACCUCCCUCCUGAAGGUGGUCGUUCCCACGAGGCUAGUCCUCUCUUUGCAACCCCUCGGUGUGAACGCGGGGCUCGCCCGCUCGGUGUCCUCGCGCGCACUGCAACCAAAGAAGUCAGACGGCACAUGGCAGAUCGUCGAGGGCCGAAAGUACCUCAUCCAAGUGGCGGCGUUCUCGAAAGACUCCGGGAAGCAGCCUUUGGUUCUAUCGCAAGACGUGGACCUCCGCCUAAACUUCGACAACAUCCCUGCGUGGAUCACGCGGCCAGUGUCGGCUUCCGAGGCCCGCGAGAAGGGCUGGGUGAAUGCGACGGUCCUAGAGGCCCUGCAAGAGGGGGCGGGGACGCUCUCGGCGGCGCUCAUUUUUGGAAACAUGGUUAGGGACGCGGUUAGCAGCGCCUGGGUUCCGGGACCCCAGAGCGUUUUGGAGGCGGAGCAGGAGGUGCGCGUGUGCGCUCCGGUGAAGGUGGAAAGGGACGCGCUGCGCAUGCCUUGGCUGCCAGGGGGUGCCCAGGAAUACACUUUGCGGGCCUCAGGAGGCUGCGACUUGGGCUAUAACUGGUUCAGUGAAAACCCUUCCAUCGCCACCGUCGAUCUGGACGGGACUGUUCGGGCUGUAGGCGUGGGCCGGACCCGGAUUUUCGCCGCUGCUGCAUUGGACGAGCUCAACCUGGCGUCGACGGUUGUGACUGUCUCUGUGCCGGCGAGCCUUCAGCAAGUGCCUUCCCUUCCAAUGGAUUUGCAAGUAGGAGACGCGGCGCCUGCGGCUGUCAAGUUGCUAGACGGGGAAGGUCACGAAUACGACAACUGCACCGCUGCAGCCCGCUUUGUCACGUGGCACGCCGUCCCUGCCCGGCCUGCCCAGCCGGGGGAUCCCUCUAGCCCCCCGACCCCGCUCACUUCGUCCGUACCUCCCUCAAACGCCUUAGAAAAGUUGCGCAGAGCCAUGGGAGCCAUCCAAGGCGACGCCUGUGCGUCUCACGUCUGGUGGGCGGUCGCCCCCGGCCUCGCAAGAGUGUCCGCCGUUCUGGAUCUCGAGCCGGCGGAGGCGCUGCGCCGAGAGAUGCAAGAACGGGGGGUGGAUUACCUGCCUGAAGGCGCCCCCCGGAGACUCGCGACGGAGUGGGUGGUGUCGGUGUACAGUCCGCUGGUUUUGGAGCGAGCGGACAACGGAACCGGCGUGGGGGGGUACACCGUCCCGAGGGGGGAGGUGAUUCACGAGGUAAAGAUGCCCCCCGGGAGCACCGUGAAAGUGCGGACGAAGGGGGGUCCGGAGAGACGGGGGAGCGAGGCGUUUGCGGAAGGGGCCAGGGUCUCGGGGGACGGCUUGACGGUGCAGCAGAUCGGACCGUCGGACGCUGGCGGGAGUCGGACGUACGAACUGACGUGCACUAAGCUGGGGACGCAGUCGAUUUCGUUCAACAGGGGCGCCGCUGAGGCCAACCUCACAGUCCACUGCGCUCUGCCGGCCGCCAUUACCCUUCUCAUCGACGAACGAGACAACUCCCUUCCCGCCAUCCGCACCUUCGCCAGCCUCGAGCGCGACGCCAGCGGCAUGCACGCCAUCACCCACCAAGUGAUCAACAACCGCCUGAUCCGAGUCGCGGCGGUGGCCCUUGACCCGGAAUUUAACCCCUUCUCAAGUGCGGAAUCAUUAACCCUAGACUGGGACCUGGACGGCUGCGAGGGAGCCCAGUGGGCGAGUCUCCCAGAGUCGGGUUUAGAAUCCGGGUUAGCGAGCGACUGGGAGAGGGGCCUUCUGCUCGGGGAUAAGUCUGGCAAGUGCGUGGUCCGGGCAACUGUGGUCGGGUUAGACCGAAACCGGGCCAGGGUUAAGAGCUUACCUAGGGAGGUCGUGCACGAAGUUGAAAACGAGGUUCGGAGGAAAGAAUUAGUGGACGCUGCAACACUGCAGCUGGUGUCGGCGCUGCGGUUAGAGCCGCGAUUUGCGCUCCUGCUUAACCACCCAGCGGCAAAGGUUACUCUGAGGGUCAUAGGUGGAACCAGCGACAUUCAAGCAGCGAGCAACGACUCCCAGGUCGCCGAGAUCCUCCCAACGUCUGCCGGGAAGACCCUUGAAGUUGCACCAAAAGACUUUGGUGUGGCGGAAAUCCGGGUUAAGGACGUAGGUUUGGAGCAUCCGACAAGCGCAUCGGCCGUCGUCGCCGUGACUGACGUGGCCUCGGUUAAGGUGCUGGUCAGCGAUGACCUCAUCCUGCAAGUGGGCGCCAAUCUGACUGUCGCUGUGGAGGCGACGGACGAUCUGGGCCGUCCGUUCGAUGCGUCGCAGUUUGCGUACCUCGAUCUGAAGGUCCAUGUUUCGGACGAGACAGUGGCGCUUUUGAACGUCCCAAACACGGCGCCGAACGAGUUCGUGAUCGAGGGAAGGACCGUUGGGACGACACUCUUCCAUGUUACUGUCCGCAGCGUCUCUGGCCGUGUGAUCGAGAGCAAGUUCGUCCGAGUCUCUGUCUACGCCCCCCUCUCCCUCCACCCCCCCGAACUGAUCCUAGCACCCGGCGCAGACUACGCCAUUCAGGUCCAGGGGGGUCCCAGCGCCAACGCUCAAAUCUCCCUGUCUAGUUCCAACCCGACCGUCGUUUCGGUCGACCCGCUUUCGGGUUCGGUUCGAGGAGAAAAGGAGGGUCAAGCCGAGAUCAGGGCCGUGGCGCGUUCUGCUUCUGGCGAAGUUUUGAGUGAAGCAACAAUGACCGUGGUGGUUAGGAAGCUGGUCAAGGCGGGUUUGCACGCGGGGACUGGGCGUCUGGGCGUGGGGGAGGAAAUAGACGUCUUUCCCGAGGGGGGGGAACCGAGCGAGGACCUAAUGUCAUUCGCGCAAGUUUGCUACGGGUACCGCUGGUCGGUUGGAGAUCCAGAGGUGCUCCAACUGCUGAAGCCGGAUUCUCUAGAGGUUCCGGAGGCCAAGCGAGGGGACGAACUGGACCCCGGGUUUAGCGUCCGGUUCGCAGGCAAAGCCCCCGGCAAAACCACGGUUAGCCUUACCUUCAGCUGCCGCUAUGGACCGCCAGGAACCCCCCCGGUGCAGUACAACGCGUCUGCUGACGUCGUAGUCCUGGGCGAUGUUCCCGUGAACAGGGGGUGCUGCGCGACCUGGCUUUUGCCCCCCCAUUACGAAACCACGUUCGCCCUCCCCUUCUACCAGUGCUGUGGGCCGGAGACGACUGUCUACUCGUUGCUUCAGAGCUGUCCGCCGCCUAACCAGGCAGAUAACUACGUGGUUAAGCUGCUGGACGAGGGCAAGCUGCAAACUGGGUCUCGACCGGACGUAGAGUGUAUUCACGCCAGGGUGCGGAGCACGGGGAGGGCGGGCCUGGCGGCCUGUGUGAGAGUGGCGGAGAUCGCUCAGAUGACAGUAGGCGACGACUCCUUUCCAUGGCACUCCGUCGAGCUCUCCGUUGGCGCUACCCAAGUUUUCAUCGUCACCCCUCAGGACGAGUUUGGCGCCCCAUUCUUCGAAGCUGCGGGGAUCCCCCUCCACGUGGAGGCCAACCACCCCGACAUCGUGGCCGUCCACGUGGACAGCCAGCUGGUGCCCACUGGUGAUAUCAGGGUUACGCAAACCCAGGUCGUGGUUAAGGCCCUGAAGCAGGGGAGUGCUCUGAUCAGGGUACACCUGGCAUCGGAUCCGGACGUGACGGACUUUUUGGUCGUUCGAGUGGGAGCGUACGUGAGCCCCCGGGAGCCGUUUAUGCAUCUCGGGUCAAGAAUCCGGUUUACGGCCGGGAUGGGCGGGUCAGCGGGCGGGUUAAGGGAGGAGGGCCGGUGGUCCAGCAGGGACGCGGUCGUGGUCAGGAUUGACCCAUUUUCAGGGGAGGCAGUUGCGGUCGGGCCUGGCAGUACGACGGUGCAUUUCAACGGGUCCCAUCUGACCACCUACACCAGUGUCACCGUCGUUCCGGUAGCGGCGGUUUCCGUCAGCCCCCCAGCGGAAGUUCCGUUCCUCACAAACGCCCGCCCCGAUGCCGAGUACGCGUUCCCCGUCACGUUCCGGGACGCCAGUGGUCAGGAGAUCGGGGCCCCGGUCGUCGCUGCAGUCGCUCCGUUCGAGUGCCACCUGUCGCCUUCUUACCUUGGGCACUGUCACGCCCAAACGAACGAGACGACCGGCGAGGCCGUUUGCGUCAUUCACUUGGAAGAUCCCGAGAGCAUCGCUCGUAGUCGGGCCGGCGCGCAGCAGCCCGCUGCGGACCGUACGGGGACAGUCCGAGGGAGCGUCCGAGCGGACGUUCCGGCAAAGGGUUCCGUUCCGGCCGUUGUGGGGCAGCCGGAGGAGUUCCGUUUCGUGGGGGCGUUUGCACUGGCGUCAGGCACCCCCGAGGAGCUCCACUUGUACAAGAGCACCAACCGGACCAUUGUGUCCCUCGUGGGCAAUACCGCUGACGUCAUCGUGUCGUGGGGCCACCGAGACGCAGUGGCAAUCCGCCGCGUCAGCAGAGGCGAGGAGGCUGCCGGCUUGAGCGGGAGGGCCCUGUACGAGAUCAAGCUGCUCCAGCCCGGUUCCUCCCUGUCCGACCGAGCCGUCUUCAAAAAUCAGAAGACAGGACAAAGUGUGGAGCUUCCCUUCCACUACGAUGCCGGCGGGACGCCGAUCCUCGGCUACGCUCUCUUAUCCGCAAUCGUUGCUGCUGUCGGGGCUCUUGUUGUAGCGAUAGUGCGAAUGCUAUGGUCAAGUUUCGUACGGCGGCGGCCGCCGGCCGAGGCUCCCCCGGCCAGGCCGGACCAAACUCCCAAAACCCCUCCACCACCCACCCCUGCCCCUGCGUUAAACACAGCGCAAAACGGGGAUGGCCCGCGAAUGAGAACACCACCGGAUGUCACGCAGUACUUCGAGGAGACGAUAGAACGGACACCGGGGUAUAGAGCGAGCCCCUUGCGGUACAUUCCUAAUGAUUCAUAUUGA